AUGGAAUUAAAUGUGGUAACGAAUACGAUGGAUUUGCGCAAUCUCAAUGCGACUUUCACUGCGCUACUGCAGAAUGCCAGUGCCAGAUUAGCAUUCGGUCCAGGAUCGCCCAUCAUUGCUGAACAAAGAUAUGCGACUACACAAACCAUAAGUGGCACUGGUGCUCUACGACUGUGCGACCCCACCUGGGGUAACCACGUGCCAACUUUCACAGACGCUGGCUUAGAAUUGAGUACAUAUAGGUACUAUGAUCCAGAAACUCGCGGUCUGGAUCUAGCUGGGAUGCUGCAUAGUAUCGACGAGAUACCCGACAGGAGUGUCAUACUGUUGCAUGCGUGUGCGCAUAAUCCUACAGGAGUGGACCCUAGCCAUGAGGAAUGGGACGUGCUUUCUCAGGCAAUUAAAAAGAAAAACAUAUUUCCAGUGUUUGAUAUG